GCAAACGGACGUGUCCGUUUUUAUCUUCUCCGAUUCCUCUUCGCGCGAAUCUCCAGCGCUCUCGUCGUGGGGUUUUUCCCUCCCUCCCUCUCUAAAACCCUAAUCUCCUGUUAGAAGAAGCUCGGAAUCUAACAAACCACACAUAUCUCCAUUCCAUCGAUCAGUUUGAUAGGACGUCCAUGGCGUUCCGAUCUCGGGAGCUGUUAAACAAGAUCAUCCGCAAGAUGGGCCCCGACUCCAUGGCCCCGGGCGUGAAAGAAUCGCUGAAGAAGGAUCUCCCAAACAGCAAGAUCGUAAUGGGAAGGGCCAAACGGGGAAUCUACGCUGGAAAACACAUCCAGUUCGGGAAUAAAGUCAGCGAAGAUGGCGGCAACAAGACGAGGCGAACUUGGAAGCCGAAUGUACAAGAGAAGCGCCUCUUCAGUUACAUACUCGACCGGCACAUCCGUGUCAAGGUGACCACGUAUGCCCUCCGCUGCAUAGACAAAGCAGGUGGGAUUGACGAGUACUUGUUGAAGACGCCCUACCACAAGAUGGACACUGAGAUGGGCUUGUUUUGGAAAGCCAAGAUCGAGAAGAUGUAUGAAGAGCUUGGGAUGAUGGAGGUGGGGUUCUUCCCACCGGAGGAGGAGGAGAAGCUCGAGGAGGGGUUCAAACAGCUGAAAAUCGCUAAAAGGGAGUUUCGAAGGGAAGCCCGGAGGAAGGCCAGCGAAGCCUCGGGGAAUCAGAAGCAGAUCAAUGAAGGGAAUGCAGACGAUGAACCAGCAGAUGAUGAAAAGCCAGCUGAGCUAAAGGCUGCGGCUGCCUAGUUUUCGCCGUUGGCUUCUCCAUUCUCUUUCGCAUUUUGCUUUUCUUUUCUGUUGGCUAUUUCUGUCUCUUCUUAUGGCGGAAGAGAGCAAGAUGGACAUUGGCAUUUGCAAGGGCUGGGCCAUGGUUUUUGUCAUUUGGAGAGCUCUUGCCUAAAGCCUUCCUGGGGAGGAUUCAUAUUUUGCUGAUGAAAUUGAAUCAUGGAGUGUGAUGUUAUGGCCCAUCAAUGGAGGGGCUGUCCAGAUCAGAUGCCUGAUCACUAUAGGGCGGGGCACCUUUGUACGGUCCGGAAUCCUGGCCUGAAAAAUAAAAUGCCAGUUCUGGCCAAACAUUGUACAUUUCCUCAUUAGAAUUGCAUACUCAGGAAAAGAUUUGUUUCUUUUCAAGUGACAAUGGACCUUUGAUGAUCUAAGUUAUCCACCUGGUGGGCCGCAUCUGGGAUGGGCCAAUGAGCCAUGAUCAUUGGUUCAACGAAGCAAAUCAUCCCAUAUCAUACGAAGUAUACGAUCCUCGACCUGAGGCCUUGUGUGGUAUACUUUGGCUAAUUGGUUUUCAGUCUAACAAGUGGGGACCAUGGUUCAGUAAUCCAGUCUUCCAUUGCCAUCGCUCUUUUUUCCCCACCAUGGAUGGACCAUGUCCCAAAACUAUCUAUGAUUGGAUGACAAUGGCAACUAACCUUGGGACUUUUCUUUUUUUUUUUUUGUUUUCAGUUGGAAUAUGGACAGUUUCUGUAUUUCUGGAAGGUUAUGAUUGCUCACCAUUUAUUUAUAGGUUGCAAAAUGAAUGGUUAUGAUUUUUUCUCUUGAGAUA